AUGGUUCUGCAGUACUCGAACCAAGAGACCAGCGUGACGAUCGGUGAAUCAGUGCGCGAUGAAGAUGUCUUCAUCCUCCAAUCGACCCGGCCCAACGACAUCAACGACGGCCUCAUGGAGCUCCUGAUCAUCUGCAACGCGUGCAAGACGGCGUCGGCUCGCCGCGUCACCGCCAUCCUCCCCAACUUCCCCUACGCGCGACAGGACAAGAAGGACAAAUCGCGGGCGCCCAUCACGGCCAAGCUCAUGGCCAACAUGCUCCAGACCGCGGGCUGCAACCACAUCAUCACCAUGGACCUGCACGCGUCGCAGAUCCAGGGCUUCUUCAACGUCCCCGUCGACAACCUGUACGCCGAACCCAACAGCGUGAAGUGGAUCCGCGAGAACCUGAUGCACGCCACCGAAUCCGGCGCCCAGGUCAACGGCGUGAGGGACGAGUGCGUCAUCGUGUCCCCCGACGCCGGGGGUGCGAAACGAGCGACCUCCAUGGCCGACAAGCUGGACCUGCCCUUCGCGCUGAUCCACAAGGAACGAUCCCGCCCGAACGAGGUCUCGCGCAUGACCCUCGUCGGCACCGUCAAGGACAAGGUCGCCGUUUUGGUCGACGACAUGGCGGACACGUGCGGCACGCUGGCCAAAGCGGCGGACACCCUCAUUAAGCAUGGGGCCAAGGACGUGGUGGCGCUGGUCACGCACGGCAUCCUCAGCGGCAAGGCGGUGGAGACGUUGCAGACGAGUUCGCUUUCCCGGCUGGUCAUCACGAACACGGUGCCCGUGAGUGCGGAUAAGAUCGAGGCGCUCAAGGUGCCGGAGGGCCAGAAGGGUUGUCGGCUGGAGUUUAUUGACAUUGCGCCCGUGUUGGCCGAGGCUGUGAGACGUACUCACAACGGCGAGAGCGUCAGUUAUCUGUUCAACAAUCCAGUGUCAUAG